AUGGAUCCAUUCAAUGAUGUUCAGGAUGACUGCUGGUCACAAAUACAUAAUCUCGAGGACUUCAUUCGGAAAACGAAGUAUAUAACUGAAGAUGCGAAGACAGACUUUCAAUAUUCGUAUCAAGAUCUUAAUGAAACAUUACAAGAUUUAUCACAAGCCGUGACGGUAAGUGAGGCCAAUCCAGAGAAAUUUCAAUUGAAUCCAACGGAUAUCACAAAUCGUAAACAGGUAUUGAAGGAAUUGGAAGUCAAGAUUAGAUCGUUACAAAAUGAUUGGCAAACAAAACUAGCCGAUCCUAAUAGACAGAGAGAGAUAACGACGAUGUCAAAUAGAAUUUCACAAGAUAAUACUGGGCAGGAUAAUCCAUUUAAUGACAAUAAUAGAGUGGAUAGUGAAUUCGAACAAUUUCAGCAGCAGGAAUACAUACAGAACCAGGACUUGCAAUUGGACUCGAUUCACCAGACUAUGCAUAACUUGAACCAACAAGCUACGAUGAUGGGCUCUGAGUUGGAGGAGCAGGGAUUUAUGUUAGAAGGUUUGGAUCAGGAUAUGGAUAUAGUGGGAAAUAAGGUUCAACGGGGUUUGAAAAGAGUGGGCUUUAUACUUGAAAAAAAUAAGGAGCGGGCUAGCGACUGUUGCAUUGGAUUAUUGGUGGCUGCGUUGUGUAUUCUUUUGAUUCUAGUUAUUGCGUUAUGA